UGUUAAACGACAGGGGCGCUUUAUUUAUUUUCUACUGUUUGGUGUCGCAUUGUACCUACUAAGAUCGCAAAAAUAUGUUGUCAUAUUUUUGGAGACGGGUUUGGUAGGUUUACCAUUUUUGAAACGGUCACCCUGGUCGUGUCAUCGUCAUGAUCUUAGUUCGAGGGCUAUGGACUAAUUUAUUUAGAAAAAAACAAAUUGCAAAGCCGAUAUUACUAUUCACUUUAAAAAUGGCCAAAAGUAGUUUUGAAUAUGUUAAAAAUUUCGAAAUAGAUGACACACUUAUACCGAAUACCUGGAUAGUAGUUCGUAUCGAUGGAAAAUGUUUUCAUAAGUUUUCCGACGAUCAUGAUUUUACGAAACCGAAUGACUUGCGAGCUAUAAAAUUAAUGAAUUACGCUGCUUUUACUGUAAUAAAAGAAUUCAAUGACCUACUGAUGGCCUACGGGCAGAGUGAUGAGUAUUCUUUCAUAUUCAAGAAAGAUAGCAAACUUUAUAAACGUCGUGCUGCUAAACUGUUGACCACAAUCAACAGUAAGUUUUCUUCCACCUAUGUAUAUUAUUGGAGUAAAUUUUUCGGAGAACAGAGAUUAAAAUAUCCUCCUACAUUUGACGGCCGGAUAGUUUUAUAUCCCUCUGAGGAAAACUUAAUAGAUUAUAUGAAAUGGAGACAAGCAGAUGUUCAUAUAAAUAACUUGUACAACACAACAUUUUGGACUCUCGUUUUAGAGGGUAAAUUAAGUCCAAUGCAGGCAGAAAAGCGUCUUUGCGGCACUUUAUCAGCAGAUAAAAAUGAAAUCCUUUUUAGUGAAUUUAAUAUUAAUUAUAACAAUGAACCUGAAAUUUUUAGAAGAGGAACAUUAUUGCUUCGUAAAAUGGUGCUAGAUUCUUGUAAUGAUAAAUUGAAGACUUUAAUUGUGGAUACUCAUUGUGAUAUGUUAAAAAAUAAGUUUUGGGAAGAACAUGCUUGUCUAUUAUCACUAAAAUCAUCACAACAAAAGUUAAUGUAUAAAGGACCUAUUACAGAAAUUAUUGAAGAACAAUUACUUAAUGCUGAUAAUAAAAAAAUAUCAAAGUCUGAUAACUAUUGAUAAACAACAUUUAUAAACAUCUUUACAGUAAUUUUAAAGGGCUUGGAAAUUGAUUACUUUUAAAUAAAAUAAACAUUUCAGUAGGUGUAAUGCAUUGGAUCCAUAAAGAUAUUAUAUUGGAUUUAUAAAGAUUUUAUGCCUUGUUGAAUUGAAACACUGACCAGUUGAAAUAAAGUCUACUGCCUGUAUUGUGUGAUAUUUUUUUAAUAACCAAUUGAAUUUACACUUUU